UGUUGCAAUCAUCCCUGCACUCUGCAGCAGUAAUUUACCAAAAAGGUGCUAGUCUUGGUUAAAAGAGGGUUAUUAUUUCCAAAAAGAAUUUUAAACCCGGGUUUAACCCAGGUUUAGUUAAACCCGGCUAUCAGAAUACCAAAAUAAUUAAACUACACUUAGACCAGAGGUGAGGUUUAGAGGAGGUUUAGUUAAACCAGGGUUAACUUUAGACUAGGGUUAAAUUAAACCUGCUAUCAGAAUACGGGCCAUUGAGUUUAAACCUAUAUUACUCAGUCAAAAUACAUGAAAAAGUCAUCAAAUUUUGCAAGAGAGUUAAUCAUUGUAUUGUUAGAAUGGAGAAUCUAUUUAUAGUACUAUUUGUUUGCAAUUUUAAGUCUAACAGCACUGUCAGUUCUUAAAAAUGGCGUAAGAGAUAACAAAAACCCAAUCUCAAAAAUGUGAAAUUUCAAUAACAAACUACAAAAGUACAAAAAAUGCUGCACUUUAUUCAAAAUCCAUGUCAUUUUCACCAAAAUUUGCAAAGUUGUAGAGGAAGGUAUACAUAAGAGGUGCAAACAUUAAAAAAUAGGGGUUCAUGUGCUUGUUUUCAAACUAUCAGUAUUUUUAUUAGAGAAAAUGUGCUUUAGUUAAACCCGGCUAUCAGAAUACCAAAAUAAUUAAACUACACUUAGACCAGAGGUGAGGUUUAGAGGAGGUUUAGUUAAACCAGGGUUAACUUUAGACUAGGGUUAAAUUAAACCUGCUAUCAGAAUACGGGCCAUUGAGUUUAAACCUAUAUUACUCAGUCAAAAUACAUGAAAAAGUCAUCAAAUUUUGCAAGAGAGUUAAUCAUUGUAUUGUUAGAAUGGAGAAUCUAUUUAUAGUACUAUUUGUUUGCAAUUUUAAGUCUAACAGCACUGUCAGUUCUUAAAAAUGGCGUAAGAGAUAACAAAAACCCAAUCUCAAAAAUGUGAAAUUUCAAUAACAAACUACAAAAGUACAAAAAAUGCUGCACUUUAUUCAAAAUCCAUGUCAUUUUCACCAAAAUUUGCAAAGUUGUAGAGGAAGGUAUACAUAAGAGGUGCAAACAUUAAAAAAUAGGGGUUCAUGUGCUUGUUUUCAAACUAUCAGUAUUUUUAUUAGAGAAAAUGUGCUUUCUAAAACACCAAAAAUGUGCCAAAUGCUUUGUAUCUAUGUGAAGACAAAAAACAAAACCACUCUACCAUUUAUUCAAACUCGGGGUCAUAUUCGUGAUUCUUGGCAGCAUUGCAGAGUAAAGUAUGUCAAAAUUGUAGACAUAUUUUUAAAAAUGGUCCAUGGAAUAAUUCCAGUUUUUUAGCUUCAUAAAAUAACGCAUCGGAUCUGUAGUUAGCAUGCAGAUGAUGAGAAAAAUCAGCUCAUAACCACAGCUAAUUAAUCGCCUGUUCAUCCAUUGUGACGUCAGCGCGCAGAGUGUAAAAUAUGCGCAGAUCAUAAUGCGCACAAACAUAACUGUGGAACGUCCUUAAACUACUGUACCUAUCAUUAAACUACAUUCCUUUACCUUUCCCUCCCCUAACAAAUUCUAAUGCCGACUACGCCAUUUAUUGUAUCGUGGCCUAUAAACUUAGACUGUAAACUAUGAUAACUUAUGCGCUAUAAAUCUAACCUUAAGAUAUGGAUCUCGAAGUCGAUGAAGGCCUGGAAUGCUCAGGAAGAUGAAGUCGAAGAGGUCGUUGCAGAGCGCUCUGGGUCCUAGCUGUAGUGUAGCUGCCGGGGUAUGGUGCUUCCUCAGGCUGGUACGCUUUCAGCGGUGGAUCCAUGCACACUCAAUAACAACUCAUAACAACUAACCUAACUAAAAACUGUCUCCUAUUUAUACCCUAUGCCUUACUAGGAGUUACUGCCAAGCAUGGGUGAGCAAGGCAUGAUGUUAUAAUAGAGCCCUAUAAAUUGCCCAUUGCAGCAGCUUAAAGCUAACAUAACCCAGAAGGAAAAACCAGUAUAAGACCAGUAAAACUUUUUACUGGUUUCCAGUAGAAUUUUACUGGUUUCCAGUAUAUUUUUACUGGACCAGUUGAUUUUUAACUGGACCAGUAAAUUAAAAAUCAACUGGAGACCAGUUCAAACAAAUGCAUUCCAGUUGAAGCAAUUAGUAAUACCAGUUAAAUUGUUUUUCAUCAAACUGGUGUUACUGGUCCAAAAUAAUGACUUUAUUUCAAGUCAGAUCAUUUGACGAAUUAUGGAAAAUGAAUCUUGCAAUUUAGAGAAAGUUAUUAUCAUUAUUAUUGUUAUCAUCAUUCUUCUUAUAAUUAUCAUGAUUAUUAUUAUUAUGAUUAUUAUGAUCAUUGUUGUUAUCAUUCUUAUUACUGUUAUCAUUGAUAUUGAUAUUGUAAUUAUUAUUAUUGAUAUUAUCAUGAUUAUCAAGUAUUAACAUUAUCAUUAAAAUAAUUAUUUCCUUUAAUUAUGAUUAAGAUCAAAGCAAGAUAUAUUCCUCUGAUAUAGUCAACUAGGUCUAAAGUAAUUCAUUGUUUGAAAUUGAACUGGUCAAGACCAGUAAUACCAGUAAUUCUGAUGAUGCUGAUCACGUGGUUUACCUCAUUUGCAUAUCCUAUUUUAAAAAGAAAAAUCAGGAUAUAGAAUGGAAUAUCCUUGCAAUGGCACUCAUUGUUGUUUAAAAAAUUUCCAAAUGAGUGUGUGAACUAAUUCACAAUGAAAAUGUGUAAUUUCAUCACAUUUAAAAUAACAGCUGAAAGAUUAAUUUACUAACCAUCUUUUCUAUCACAUUUCACUGAACAUGGUAUAUAACAAACCACAUGCAUGUAAUAAAUUGAUCCAGUUAAGGCCAGUACGAGGACCAGUUCGAGGACCAAUCAGACCAGUAGAAAAUACCAGUAAAGGCCAGCUUGAAUUGGAUAGCAGUAUGAAGACCAGUGAGACCAGAAAUAAGACCAGUAUAAAAUUCCAGUAAUUCAAGACCAGUUUAAUUUUUAACUGGACCGGUAAAAUUUUAACUGGACCAGUAUGACCAGUUAGACCAGUAAACCAAUUUCCAGAGUUACCAGUUAAAAUUCUACUGGUCUAAAUGGUCCAGUGGAACUGGUUUUUCCUUCUGGGAAUACAAGGGAUGCAUUGACAUUAACAUCUUGUAUCCAAGAGAGGGGAAUGUCUGUUGUUAUAGUAGAGGCUGUGUUCACACAGUAUACAAUCAAGAUUAAGGGAAGUGUUCACAUGAUACAUGUACAUAGAAUUAGUGCUUGUCUCUACUACGUCAUUACUUUAGUUACAAUUUAUACCGUAGUUGAUUUUACUAUUACAAAACAUGACACAAUUAUCAAUAGGUGGUACGCAAUAAGAAGCUCUGUUCCAAUUCCAGUUAAUAAAUAUCACCAGUCAUUCCAAACCAAAUCCACUUCCCUUGAAAAUGUUUAAUAUGUAAUGGAGAACUAACAUACUGUACCGUCUCUCUUUCUGUCCACCGUGCCAGUGAUGACAGCAAGGCCAAGGAAAAGGGUUGUUGAGAGGCCAAAUCACAGGCACAGCUUACCACCAGCUGACAUGAUUACGUAACACUUGCGCACUGAUCUUAUGCAACUUUUGGUGUCUGAAAAUGGCGAUGUCUAUGCUGUGAAACCGGUUAAAAAUUGUAAAUUUUCACGCUAAAACAACAGUUAAUUGAUCCGCGUAAAGUGGCGAUUUAAGCACAGGAGGUUAGAUGUGACUUCUAUCCAUCUUGCAGUGAAUUUUUACUUCGAUAAUGCUUAAUUUUGCGGGACAACCGGGCCGAUUGGCUCCGAGUUUGGGAAGACUUGUCAGCGGCUCCAGCACAUUCAGCAGUUCAGUCUCAGCCAGCGCUUCGCCGUUCAUCCCUAUCCAGGGACCGCACGCUCAAGCUUCCAGCCGUGUCCGUGGUCUUUGGUUUUCAUGCUCUCGUUACUUUCAUUGUACUCAAAGACCAAUGAUAAGCAGAGUAGAGGCAUCAACGUCACUUCUCAACUUCUGUCGAGUGUCGUGUCUGUCCUUAGACCAUUGUGUAUCUCAAUCAUGUCAUCAAAGAUUCUUAGGAACAUCAAGCCCAUGCAAUGCCUUGACCAAGAGGUCUACCUUACUUCCAGAGGAGAAACCAGGAAUAAUGACUCGAAUGUUAGAUUCAGUUGGGAUAAGUGGGAAUUUCAGAUUCAACAGAUUUAAAAUGAGAGUUGCUGGACUGAAUAUGUAUCAAGCUUGUGCAGAUGGGUAUGAUUUUGAAACAUUCUUUAGAGCAUGCAACAUGCCUGAUACUCUAUUUUCAUGGUUCUUAAUCAUGGAGCUUCAUGUAUGGAUGUGCAUGGUGAGAUUAAAGCAAGAAGGACGUGAAGGGAAAUACAUGACUCACUAUCUUAUCCUCUCAAUGUGGCACGAUAUUCAGGCUCGAGGGAAGCUCAUGGGGAUUCCAUCAGUUAAGAUGAAGGAGAGUUUGUCUAAGAUGGUCGAGCAGUUCAAUGGUGCCCUCUUUGCCUAUGAUGAGGGAUUACUGUCAAAUGACAAGGUAUUAGCAGCUGCGUUGUGGAGGAACCUUUUCCUUCGAAACUGUGAUGAUCCAGAGCGAUUGGCUAAUAUGGUUGAAUAUGUCAGGCAACAGGUUCAAUACCUCGACAGUCUAGACAGCAGUAAACUUCUUCAGGUUGGUCGGAUCAAAUGGCAACCUUACACUGGUGGGAUACCAGACUCUGAUGAACCACUCCCGAAAGCUGCCUCCAUUGAAGAUGAACUCAACAUCCCUGAGGUCGACAAAGUGCCAGUUUCAUGAGAGUCUACCGUACUCUCUGAUUGUAAUAUUUGAUUCAUUGCUUGGUCGCACCAUUUUCAUGAGGACCUACUGGGGAGAUUGUAGACACCAAAAGCUGUGUCAAUUAAAAGAUGAACUCAAGGUUGACAAAGUACCAGUUUAACAAGUGUCUACUCUCAUUGUAAUAUAUGAUUUAUUACUUGUUCGCACCAGUUUCACAAGGACCUACUGGGGGAUAUUGCAGACUCUAAAAGCUGCCUCUACUGAAGAUGAACUCAAUAUACCUGAGGUUGACAAAGUGACAGUUUCAUGAGGACCUACAGGGGAUAUUGCAGACUCCAAAAGCUGUCUCAAUCAAAAGAUGAACUCAAGAUACUUGAGGUUGACAAAGCACCAGUUUCAUGAGCAUCUUCUCUCAUUGUACCAUUUGAUUGGUGGAUUGGUCAUAUCAGUUUCUGGAGGAUACACGGGGGAAGACCAGACUUAAGUGAACCACUCCCCGAAGCCACCUCAAUUGAAGAUGAACCCAGUAUACCAGAGGUCAACAAAAACAUGAGGACCCAGUCUUUUUAUGCUUUCUGAAUGAAUACUUUGCUUAGCUAGAGCUGUGAUUGAGUUUAUAGAUUCUGCUGUGGACACCAGUUAAACCCUUGCUUUACUGAAUGCUCUUUCAGCAAAAUCUGUGUGAUGAAUUAUGUAUAUUUGAGAAUGUGAAUGAAAUUGAAAUGUGAUUUUGGACUACUUUACCAUGUUCAAUUAGUUUAUUUUGUGUCCCCUACAUUCAAGUAUUUAUUUAUAAUGUGAAAUUGGCAAGUCCUACAGUUUAGAUAACCAAACUUGCCCAGUGUUCCUGUUAAAUAGGAACAUCCCUAUUUGAGAGAAAAAGAAAAUAGUCAUUUUCUCCAUGUUUUCCUAUUUCUGUGAAAAAUUAUCUAUAGUAGUAUUGAAUAAAAAUUUAAGAAUGUUCAAAUUUCUGGGAAUUUCUUAGUGUUUUGUUCCUAUUUCUUGACCAUCAGAGUUGGCAGGUAUGGACUACAUAAUAGCUUCCAUCUGUCCGUAAGUCUUGGAAUAUGAGAAUUAUGACCAAAAAACUAUACCUUAGAUACAUGUAUUCAGGUUACAAGAUAGGGGAAUCAGUUAUGCUGGGAUGAGAGACCCGCGGGUCGUAAUGAUUUAGUUUGCUUUUCACUCCUCCUUUAUGUCCGACACCAGACAUAAAAUAAUGAGAACUAUUUUAUAUAAGUUUGUUUAGGAAGCAACUAUUUCAGUUUAAAAGUUUGAGUAUGUGUAUAUGGCUGUGAUACCUAUGUUUAUUACAAGAAUUUAUUAUGCUCUACUUUCUAUUUAAGAAAAAUCACAGCUUUUUGGCAAUUUUUUUUACAAGUUAAGAUUACUCUCGAUAUAACAAUAUUAUGGAUGCGGGUGCUGUCUGCACAUCAUUAAUCUAGCUGUAUUCUUUUUUUUUUUAAAUCUCACUCUACGUUAGACUAACCAUGAAUAAUCAAUCUAUCAUGCCAUACCUGUAUUAUGCAUGAUCUUAAAAUUGGUUUGAUGACAAAUUAUAUAUGAACUUAACAUGCCUGUCUGUAUUUUGUAAAAUAACGAUAAAUAAUGAAAGUCAAUGAGUGAAUGUGUUUUUGCCAUUUACUUUGUUUGAAAAUUUCAUUAUUUAUUGUUUUAUGCCAAUUCAUGGACUUUUCGACAUAUUUCUUGAACGAUAUAUAUAUAUUUACCUGUGAUUGUUGAAUAAAAAAUUUGAAGUUUCCAA